UUUCAGUGCAUCAUGGCGGACCCGUUGAGUUUGUUGCGACAAUACAAUGUCAACAAAAAAGAAAUUAUUGAACGUGAAAAUCAAAUUAUUUUCGGAGAAUUCUCCUGGCCGAAAAAUGUGAAAACAAAUUACUUGACCUACGGGUCGGGUAAAGAUGGAACACCGAAGGAUUAUUACACACUAGAGUGCCUUUUAUUCUUGCUGAAACAUGUCCAACUUUCUCAUCCGGUUUAUGUACGUCAGGCAGCCGCUGAAAACAUUCCCGUUGUACGUCGUCCCGACAGAAAGGAUCUCCUCGCCUAUCUCAAUGGCGAGACGGCAACAUCAGUGGCAAUCGAUAAAUCAGCACCACUUGAAAUACCCACACAAGUUAAAAGAACUGCCGAGGAUGGCCUUGAGAGUGGCUCAUCGAAAAAGCCACGUUUUGAAGAGACACACGUGCAAAAAGUUAAGGAACAACUUGCAGCCCGUUUGGACGCACCAAAGGAAGCCUCCGUAACUGUUGACAAUAUUAAAUCACUAUCAGAGGCAAUGUCAGUCGAGAAAAUUGCCGCCAUCAAAGCAAAACGUUUAGCAAAAAAACGAACGACAAUUAAAGAAAAUGACGAUAUAGGUAUGGGAUCAGAUCUAAAAGUUAUUUUAGAUAUGGACGUUGACGAUACAAAGGAUAUAGUUUCUCGUGAACGACAAUGGCGUACAAGGGCAACAAUAUUACAGAGUAGUGGUAAGGUUUUUGCAAAAAAUAUUCUCGCAAUUUUACAGGGUAUUAAGGCGCGUGAGGAGGGCAGGCAAAAGGGACCCGUUGCACCAACGCCAAUGAUAACACCGCGUUCAACUCCAAUGAGACCAUUACCACAACCAACGCAAUAUAAUCGUUACGAUCAGGAAAGAUUUAUUCGUCAAAAAGAGGAGACGGAGGGUUUUAAAAUUGAUACUAUGGGUACUUAUCAUGGUAUGACCUUAAAGUCUGUGACUGAAGGUACAAAUCCAUCGAUUAGAAAACCACCAACUGUACCAAGUGCAACGCCAACAUCGGGUUUACUGCCAACAUCAGCUGCCAAAUUAACGCCACAACAGGCAGCGCAAAAUAAACGACCAAGCCGAACGCCUAUUAUUAUUAUUCCAAGUGCCACAACAUCUUUAAUUACCAUGUAUAAUUCAAAAGAUAUUCUACAGGAUUUGAAAUUCAUCACAAACGAAGAAAAGAGAACGCAAGGUUGUAAGCGUGAAACUGAAAUUCUUUUGCAACGCCGAAAAGAAGGUGGUUUAACGGUUCCCUAUCGGGUUGUUGAUAAUCCACAGAAAUUAAAUAAUGCCGAUUGGGAGCGAGUUGUGGCCGUUUUUGUCAAUGGACCCGCUUGGCAGUUUAAAGGAUGGCCUUUCGAUGGCAAUCCUGUUGAAAUUUUCUCAAAAAUCUGUGCAUUUCAUAUAAAAUAUGACGAAAUGAAAUUGGACGCAAAUGUAGGGAGAUGGGCAGUAACGGUCAUUGAAUUGAGUCGAACAAAACGGCAUUUAGACAGGGCAGCUCUCAUGGUUUUCUGGGAACACUUGGACAAACACAUGAUAAAGAACAAACCACAUCUUCGAUUCUAAAUAUCGUCUUUCCAUCGAGAUAAUCGAGAAUUUCCAGAGGAAGCCAUGUAAUAAUCCAGCCUCUCACAUAGAGCACGAGUCGUGUCAAUUCUUUGAAACGUGUGCAAAAUAAAUUUUAUUCACAGAGAAUUCGGGAGUAAAAUUUCUGUUUCUGCUUUAAAAUGGAGAAAGAAAAAAGUGUGUCAGUCGGAUGAAAAAUUGGGCAGUUAAUUUGAAUCUCAGUGCUCUUUCCAAUCAAGUUCUCUGCCAGGAAUGUAUUCACAUCUUGUUUGUAAAAUAUCUAUUAAUCGUAAGAGAAAAAGAUUUUAAGUAUCCUAAAAAUUAAACUGUUAUUGGUAAUAAUCAAAAAAA